AUGACGGACGAUUAUAUGGAUUUUGCUAAUGUGACUUAUAUUAAUGAUCCUGCAACACCAGUUAUAGAUGUACCAAGUAUAAAUAGCGACCCAGCUCUAUAUUCUAGUGAUAUGAGUCAUCUGUCAGCGACGAAUAUGGAUGAACAUCUAUUAAAUACCGAUAAUCAAACGGAUAAAGUUAUUGCUUAUCGUUUAUACGUACGCCGUUUUCCAAUAUUAAUUAUAUUUUGUUUGUGUUCGUUAACAAGUGGUUUUCAAUGGAUUGAAUAUGUUAUCAUACAAAAUAUAAUAGUACGCUUUUAUAAUGAAAGUUUACCAUCCGCAGAGGAUCAAGCAAAUAAUAUGGUAACAUGGACAUCACUUGUCUAUAUGAUCACGUAUAUACCACUCGCAUUUCCAGCCAUGUGGUUAUUAGAUCGAAAAGGUUUAAAAGUAACAUGUUCAAUGGGCGCAUUUUUAAAUGUAGUUGGAUCAUUAAUUAAAUGUGCUAGUGUGAAAACAACAAGAUGGUGGAUUACAUUUAUUGGGCAGUUUAUUUGUGCGUGUGCACAGUCUUUUACGUUAGGUAUUCCUCCUUUUUUGGCAGCUACAUGGUUUGGUGCAGACUCUGUCUCUACAGUUACAAGCUUUGCAGUAUUUGGUAAUCAGGUGAGAUCCAAUUUCUCUAUUCUUUCUAAAACUUAAACUAUACAACGGUGGGCAAGUACAUGUACCUAUUUUUUAUGCCCGAAUUAUCGAACACUCGUAUUCAGUUUUGUCAUAAGAAAUCUUAUAUUCACCUAGUUCUGAUAUGAAAAAAAAUGUUUAAUUUUUAUUAAUUCAUCAAGUUAACAUAUUUGAUUAGUGCUUUUCUUUUAUAUCUCAACAUGUCUGAUCUAGAUAUAAUGAAAUUGAGCUCUGUUAUUAUAUUUUCUUUUAGAGUAAAUGUACUUUUGAUCGCCAAAAAAAAAUACUUUUGAUCACCAAAUUUUCCAGCAUCACAUUUUUAUACAUAUAAACAUAUAAAUUUUAACAAAGACAAUAUUUUCACAGUUUUAUUUACAUUUAUUUACAAAUUUAAAGCUGGUUGAAUAUGUGUAGUCAAAUUUCUUUAUUUAAUGAUUUUUUGGUGUGGCAACAAUCCUGCUGACUAGUUACACCAUUACAAUCAUGUAGCUGUCCAGUUGGCAUGAAACAAUAUUCAUGUAAACAUUCGGUUGGAUUGGCAAUUUUAUUUAACUUGUAU